AUGGGGCCGCACCUUCUCAUAUUAGUCACCACCUCCGUGAACCGGCAGAUUGCCGCGACGGAGCUCCUUGCACCUUCACCAUUUGCCAGCGCGGAAUGGGGCCUCAAGCACGCGGUACCACCGGUCGAGGGACCCGCCGAGCUCAGCUCUGCACGGUCCCUGGGGUCACCCUCCACCCCCGGGACACUGGCCUCGCCCCCCAGUGUUGGUGGCCUCGCCCCCAACCAUGGGCAUCCCUCGGCCGGGCGGCUCAGUCGUGGGCCCCGCUACCAGUGGAGAUCAAGACCGGAGCGUCGGAGCGCCGUCGCCAGAUUUCAGAGGGCGACCAUCAUCAACGACUCCAAUCUUGCGCGAUGA